UAAAAAUUCAACAGGUUAGAUUACGAUUCAUCAUCCCAUUCAUUUUGAUGGAAGCAAAUUUUAACCGAACAGAACCUGGAAGCGUUUUUUGUCUUGACCCAUUUAACCGGCCAAAGUUGGCCCGACCCGCUCAAUUGUACAAUCCAUAAUCCACCCCGUCUAGUCAAAUGGCGGGAAAAGGAAAAUAAAAGCGGAUCUCAAUCCGGACCCGCCAACUAUAAAACCCUCAGAGUUCACUUCAAAGUUCGUUCCAUCUUUUUUCCUUUUGAAAUUGAACUAUCGAAGAAUCAUUGAAAAGGCAAAAAGAAUGUCUAGUUCUGCAGAAGAUUUUUCUCAAUUUGGUAUUUCCGUAGAGGAAAAAGACAAGCUUGUAGCAGAGGUGGUUCGCUAUGUAUUAUUUAAGACUGAACAGAGUUCAGGUUGCCCAAUUAAGAGGGAGGAGCUAACACAGUUGAUCACUGGCAAGAAUUAUCGUCAAAGAAAUCUUCCUGCUUUUGUCAUAAAUGAGGCGAAAUCGAAACUUUCCUCCAUUUUUGGCUUUGAAGUGAGGGAACUUCAAAGAACCCGCUCUUCUGCUACUCAAAACUCUCGCUCAUCCCAACAAGUGGCAGCUGAUGCAAAGUCAUAUAUUCUUAGAAGUCAGCUACCCGCAGAUGUAUACACGGCAUGUGUGGAGGAUAAAAAGAAGUCACAUGUCACAGCUCUUGCUUUUGUCGUUACUAGCAUUGUUCGUCUUGCUGGAGGCAAAAUUAAUGAAGAAAAUCUUUGGCCUCAUUUGAGACGGCUGGGAUUGUCUGAAACUGAUGAAAGUCAUCCUGUUCAUGGAAAUGUCAAACUAGCGUUGGAAGCAAUUGUUCAACAAAGAUACUUGCACAAAGAAAAAGUUAAUGGUCCAGAAGGUAAUGCAACUUUUUAUGAACUUGCUGAGAGGGCACUAGAUGGGCCAGUGGAUGAUGGAAUGAAACAGCAUAUAUCAAAGAUUGUGAACAAAGAUAUUGCCUCGGUGGACACUGAUUAGUUUGUUUACUGCUGAUUGGGAUUCUUCACAAGUAUUUUUGGCCAUAGUUCCUAACUCAAUGAGAUUGCUCUUUGAAGUUCUUGGUCGAUUUUUGUGAAAUACAGCCAUUAGAUUAUUUAGGCGCUGAAUUGAUGUUAUUUAUCUGAUCAUCCUUUUUGUCUGGCAUUCUACUCAAUUUCUGUUUAUAGAAGUAUUAAUAUAGAGCCCCAUCUA